AUGGCGUGGUCAGACCGUGAGACCAUUGUGUCCUUCGGGGUUCGUUUUGUAUCCGUGCGGACUCAUCACAGUCAGUCCGUCUCGUUUAAUGAAUUAAGCGAGCGGUUUGCUAACGCUACAGCUGAACUGAAACUGCAGGACCUCAAAACCACCGUUUCACAAAAGCAAGAGGAAGCGUGCACGCUGUCAAAGCUGAAGUUUCAACGACUGCGUCAGUGCCUCCACCAACAGAACGAUGAAGAUGUUUACGAGAACGCUAUAAAACAUGAAGAGGAUCCAAAGAGGCAGAAAAGUGCAGUAUCACUCUUCAUCAUCAUCAUCAUCAUCCUUGUCCUGCUCAUCAUCAGAUCUCCCUGUGAUCACAAUCAGUCCGCCUCGUUUGAUGAAUUUAGCGAGCGGUUUGCUAACGCUACAGCUGAACCGAAACUGCAAGAGCUCAAAACCACCGAUGAGAAAAAAUGUGAUAGUGAUAAAGUGAUAAACUGGAAGUUCCAACAAGUCCAUCAGUGUCUCUCUGUACAAAACGCAACCAAGACUUGUGAACUGUGUGAUGAAGGGUGGAGGUCUCUCGGGUUGAAGUGCUACUUCUUCUCCACCAAUAAUCUGAACUGGAUGGCGAGUCAAGACUAUUGCAUCGAGAAAGGAGGCCACCUAGUGAUCAUAACCAGCCAAGCAGAGCAGAAUUUUCUAGCUUCACAUUUUAGAGUUCUUCACUGGAUCGGUCUGAAUGAUUUGGAGACGGAGGGAAAAUGGAUGUGGGUGAACAACAAGACCUUGGAUGAGACCGGUGUGAAGUUCUGGUAUACGAGGACAGAUCAACCCAGUGAGCCUGAUAACUGGAGAGAAGAGGACCCUUCUGGAGAGAACUGUGCUUGUAUGGGGCAUUUAUUUGGUGCUGUAGGUGACUGGUUUGAUAUCACUUGUCGUAGAAAGCAAAAGUACAUCUGUGAAAAACAAGUGUGAGAUACAAAUAUAAGAAACUUGAACCAUUUAUUCAAAUGUUCGAACCGGC